UGGUGUGUUGCCCUUGUCUCGCUCUCUCACUCUCGUCUCUGGGAUGGAUCCUUGGAUUCUGUUGGCCGCCUUGACUCUGGUGCCGGUGGAAGCAGAAUCAGACCCAAACUUGAGCCACUCCACCCAACCAACAGUUAUUCCCAGCAACCACACCAAGGCCAGCUCCACUAACCCCAUCCCUUCAUGCACCUGUCCAGAUGUUAGCCCCAGCAUCGCCCCCCUCCCUCCGGCAGGCAAACCUCCUUCACCAACCUUGGGUGUCUUUACAGUCCAAUGGAAGGACAAAUCCUGUACGGGAGACGUCGUCGUGUCCGUCUUGAACGUCUCCACCACCCGUCCCUCUUUCGACUCUCUGUGUUACGUCAGUUGGCCUGCCGUCCGGGGCCUUUUAGCCAAGGUGUGUGAGAGCAAGGUGGGCUGUCAGGGCAAGCCCAUCUGGUCCCAAGGCAGCAAGACUUCAACGGGGUUCAAUAUCACCGAGGAGGGAGGAAUGAAGGUCGCCAGCUGUGCCUCACUGACGGUCCAGUGCUCAGAACUAACGGCCUGCCGAGGACUGACGGGCUACAAAGUGGUGACCGCCCUGCUGUGCGUCGUGCUGCUGCUCAUUUUGCUGACCCGUUUUGCUGGGCCCACCGUGCAAGUCCUCCAGAGGAGACUGUCGGAUAAGAGACGGAGUCGCUGGAUCGGACCCACGCAGAGUCAGAGCGUGACGUACCACCGAGGGAAAACUGCAGUUCAGAACGACGACGCAGACAAGAGACUGUCCUACCCUGGGUCUCCGGUCGGGGCACAUCCACCUGUUCUCCUGCACCCCGCCGCCGUGGAGGAGGACCGUAGCAUCGACUAG